UAUGCGUACAAUAACGAAGUAAAUUGAAUUUUCACAUUAGACCAGGUACAAUCAAGAUAAACAAAAAUAAAGAUAAUUAUGAGCAAUAUAAAAUACUUGUACUAGGGGAUCCAUUUGUUGGUAAGACAUCAAUUUUAGACAGAUACAUCAAUGGUGAUUUUAAUGAGAAAUACAAUUCAACAAUAGCAGUUGAUUUUAAACAUGUACAACCAUCUUCAAAUAUAUCUGUAUAUUUAAUAUUUAAAUAUAAAGUUAAACUUUUGGGAUUUUAGUGGACAAUAAGAAUUUGUAGAAGUUAGAAAUGAAUUUUAUAAGGAUGCUAAUAUGAUAAUGUUAGUUUUUGAUUUAUCUACUCGUAAAACUUUAGAGACUCUAGAUAUGUGGGUUAGAGAAGCCAAUGAUUAUGGAGCAGCCAAUAUUCCAAUAUUGGUUGUAGGUAAUAAGAAGGAGAAGAGAAGUAUGUCAGAAAAUGAAGGUUAUAAUUGGGCUAAGCAAAGAUCCUAUCAAUAUAUUGAAGUGUCAGCAUAAUAAAAUAAUAAUAUUGAUUUAUUGUUUAAAGUCAUAAAGGACAUUUUUACUUAAAAAAAGUGA